GAAACGGCCUGGCUUUUUGCCAUAGUCAGCGACGCCACGAAACGACACGCGGCGACAGCGGAUGAUUCCACUGUCCAUCAAUAAUAAUACCGGCAUCCGCCAUCGCAACAAUAGAUAGAUUUGCAUUGGCCGACUAAACAGUCCGGCACCACCUGGCUCCCCGCCGGAAUCCAUCACGAUGGAUCUCCUCCGCCGAGCUGGGAGAUUCAUCCCGGCCAGGCGUCCUCCUCUCCCCUUCUCAGACGACAAGGACAAGCUGCGGCCGCGGAGGACCCUCGCAUCGCGCUUCGCCUACCUCAGGCGCCCGCUGAGGUUGAGGGGCAACUCGACCAUCUCGGUGCCGCUGGGGGUGGUCAUUCUCUUUCCCUGCAUCGUUGUCAUCCUUAUUCUGGUGCUGUUUGUCCGGCACCCCAGUUCAUCGGGGAGGAUACUAAUGCCCGCUGGCGCACCGCCCGCGAUAAGAAAAAUUAGUGAGAAACACGACAAAGUCUUCGUCACGGGCUGCCUCGAGCCCGACACCAGCAAGCCCCGCGCCAAUGCCGCCUUCGUCGUUCUCGCCCGCAACAAGGAACUUGAUGGCGUGAUUCAGUCCAUGAAGUCGAUCGAGCGCCACUUCAACCGCUGGUACAACUACCCCUAUGUCUUCCUCAACGAUGGGGACUUCAACCAGACCUUCAUCGACACUGUUAAGAACUACACGUCCGCCACCGUCGAGUUCGGCAAGGUCGGUCCGGACAUGUGGGGAUACCCCGACUGGAUCGACCCCAAGAUCGCCAAGGAGGGCAUUAACAAGCAAGGCGACAACGCCAUCAUGUACGGCGGCAUGGAAAGCUACCAUUUCAUGUGCCGCUUCUACUCGGGUUUCUUUUACAAGCACCCGCUUCUGGCCAAAUACGAGUGGUACUGGCGGUUGGAGCCCGAGAUCAAGUACUUCUGCGACAUCACCUACGACCCCUUCCUCCAGAUGAUGGAGCACAACAAGACGUACGGCUUCACCAUCGCCGUCAAGGAACUGCGCGAGACCGUCCCCAACAUCUUCCGCUACGCCGCGGCCUACAAGCGCCUUAACAACAUCUCAUCGCAGGGCCUGUGGGAGAUGUUUGUCGAGCCGCAGCCUGAGAAGAAGAAGGAGAAGGAACCCGAGAGCGAGCCGGCCCGCCUGCCCAACGUCGACCCGGAGGGCAUGGAGGGUGAAUCGUACAACAUGUGCCACUUCUGGUCCAACUUUGAGAUUGCUCGCCUCGACUUCUUCCGGAGCAAGGAGUACGAGGAUUUCUUCCAGAUGAUGGACCGCAGCGGCGGUUUCUGGAUGGAGCGGUGGGGAGACGCGCCGAUCCACUCGCUCGCGGCGGGCGCGCUCCUGGCGCCGCGCGACAUCCACUACUUCCGCGACUUUGGCUACCGCCACACCACCAUCCAGCACUGCCCGGCCAACGCGCCGACGCGCCAGCUGCCGCGCCAGCCCUUCCUCGAGAAGACGACGCUCAACGACCGCGAGCGCCUCGAGGAGGACCAGUACUGGGAGGAGUACGACGCCCCCAAGGAGAACGGCGUCGGCUGCCGCUGCCGCUGCGACACCGAUAUCGUCGACGUCGAGGGGAAAGACGGCAGCUGCCUCGCCGAGUGGGUCGAUGUCGCCGGCGGCUGGGCCAGUCCUUGAGAUUGGAUAGACCGGCUCCGGCUCCUCCCAAUACGUACAAAUCAUGGUUUGAUGUGGGCGAGAGUAUACGAAAACGGAUGGGAUAGGAUAGGAUGGGAUAGGAUAU